GAGGGCAGUAAAGAGCUCAUUCCUGUUAAACCAAGCUGCGUGCUGGUGUCAUUGCUGUUCAUUGACGAUGGCUUUGACCCGGUUCGAGCGGUUCUUGGGCCGAUUGCUUCGAGCUGUGGUUUGGAUGCUAUUCGCUGCUUUUAAGUUAUUCGCACCCCAGCAGAGGCAUGGAGUUUCGCGACUCCCACCUAUCACUAACCCACUUCUGCUGCUCUCAGCGAUGCAGCUUGCCCGAAAGAUUCGUCGGAAAGAAGUAACAAGUGUUGAAGUGGUCCAGUCCUACAUUGACCGCAUUCAGGAAGUAAACCCACUUAUCAAUGCCAUGGUCAAAGACAGGUUUUCUGCAGCACUUCAGGAAGCUGCACAGGUAGACAAACUAAUAGAGGAGGAGACAGGAGGUGAGGAGGUGUUGGAGGACAGGCUACCUCUGCUUGGAGUACCCAUCACUGUUAAAGAGGCCUUUGCCCUGCAAGGCAUGCCUAACUCGACAGGGCUGUUGACCAGACGGGAUCUGGUUUCAGGAGUAGAUGCCCCAUCUGUUGCACUGUUGAAGAGGGCAGGAGCGAUUCCACUUGGCGUAACUAACUGCAGUGAGCUCUGUAUGUGGCUAGAGUCCCACAACCACCUCUAUGGCAUCACUAACAACCCCUAUGACUUUGAGAGAAUUGCAGGCGGCAGCUCAGGAGGUGAAGGCAGUAUAUUGGGUGCUGGUGCCUCUGUGAUUGGAGUUGGAUCGGAUAUUGGGGGUAGUAUCCGUAUUCCCUGCUUUUUCAAUGGCAUCUUCGGACACAAGCCAUCAACAGGUAUCGUAAGCAAUGAUGGUCAGUAUCCUCCCGCCUCUGGACUGCAGAUGGGAUUUCUGUGUACAGGACCUAUGUGCCGCUAUGCUGAAGACCUGAUUCCCAUGCUAAGCAUCAUGGGAGGACCUAAUGCAAAUAAAUUGUGUCUCUCUGCUGAAGUAGAUUUGAAAAAGCUGAGGUUCUUCUCUGUUCCCCACAAUGGAGGCUCUCAUUUGGUCUCUCCAGUUGACGCACAGCUGCUUCAGGCACAGAAAAUGGUUGUCAGACGUUUAGAAGCAGACCUUGGGGUCAAGGUCCAAGAGCUGUUUAUCCCUCAGCUCAAAUACUCCUUUCAGAUCUGGGGAACUAUGAUGGCCUCACCUGGCAAGGAUGGAAAGCCUCCCACCACCUUUGCAGAGCUAAUGAGUGAAGGCGGGAAGAAGAUUUGGCCUGUCUGGGAGCUGUUCAAGUGGCUUCUGGGGUUUUCUUCUCAUACCAUAGCAGCAAUAGGUCUUGCGCUAGUUGAGCUGUUCCAGAGUUCCCAUCCAUCUCCAUUCGUUUUACAGCAGAAGGAGAGUCUGCAGCAGGAGCUGGAGGAGUUGCUGGGCACAGACGGAGUGCUGCUGUACCCCUCUCAUCCCCAGAUCUCUCCCAAACACCACCACCCAAUUUUCACACCCUUCAACUUCUGUUACACUGGUAUCUUUAAUAUCCUGGGUUUGCCAGUGACCCAGUGUCCAUUAGGGCUGAGUGAGGAGGGUUUGCCCCUGGGCGUACAGAUUGUGACUGGUAAAUUACAGGACCGUCUCUCUUUGGCCACUGCCCUCUACCUGGAGAAAGCUAUUGGUGGUUGGAGGGAACCAGGCAAGACAACAGCCAAGCCUUAAUCCACCUCAUGCGUCUGCAACAACAGGACCACAUAACCAACAACACAUACUGUACCACAUAUACAGCAUGUGUAACCAUCCAAAGCUUAGUGACAUUCAUUCUCCCUUAUAAGUGCAGAAUGCAUUUUACAUUAACUGACAUGUUUUAGAGGCCUGCAUUUGUGUUUACCUAUAUGUAAACUUGAUAUUACUUUAUUUCAUUCAUAAGAAAUGGAAUGGAUGCUGGAUCCAGAACAAAUAAAUGGAGAUAUUUACAUGAGACAUCUAUUAAUUUUAUAACUAUGUGAAAAAUACUUUUUUUGUUUUUGUUUUAUGCACUAAAACAAGGAUGUUUGAACACACAUUUGUGCUGCUCACUGUUUCCUCUUAACAGGCUUAUCAGGCUUAUCAAGAGCAGGCUCUUUCUUGUGACAAAUCUAUUUAAACUUUAGAAUAUCCUUUGCCAUAAGCAGAUUUCAGUGUGUUAGUAGGAAGACGGGCAUAAAUCAGUCAUAUUUAGAAGUAAAUAUCAAGCUGGGGCAUUUAAAUGCUGGGCAUUGGCAGUUUUCUUGGCCUUUAUUACUCAUAUUUUGUUGUUGGUUUCUAUGAAAAAUCUGGUCGAACAUUUUGUAAUGUGCUGACGUAUUAAAUAAUGUGCCUAAAGCAGUAACACUAAAUAAAAAAAAUAAAAAUAAAAAUUUC